CCUAGCUGCCAGCCUGCCAAUGUCAUCGCUGCCGUGGGCUUUUCACAAAUAUAAUAUGCAAGACAUCUAUAACAUGCGAAAACGUUGGAAUUCCAAACAGACGAGAAUCUUGUCCUCUUGCACGACCACGCAGUAUCAAUAAUGUUUGUGACGCUCUACAUCCUUUAUCACGCGCUCGCCAUGUUUGGACAUCUAUUCACUCUUCUCUCUCCAUUGUGGUCGACUCUCUGGCACGUGUGGAGGUGUGCCAUCGAUGCUACAACGUACUAUCCACCGGCGGGGCGGAACAUCGUCGUCGAUAUCGUCACCUAUAUUUGCACACUCCUUGUUUGGUCGACACUCUUAGGAUCUAUCUUGAUGCGGAAAGAAGAGGCUGCAAAGCGUGCAGCAUCAUCUGCACCACCACUUCGUGUUUCGUUGAACCAAGCAAAUGAAACCCUUGAGACCGCGCGAAAGACAGUGCACAAGGCAAGGGACGAGCUCAAUGAGAUAAAAGACGCCUCCGCCGCCACAGCAGAGGCAUUGUUGUACUUGAGGAAGGCUGGGAAGAACAUGCUCGAAAUACAGCAAGCGCUUCUGGAGAUGGCCGACAUCUUGGAUCAACAAAUAGACCGACAGUUUCCUCCCGUCAAUUCGGGUAGAGCGAGAUGAAUAUGAUUUGCAGGGUUUGCCAGUGGUUUGGAUAGAGAAAUUCUUGUGUACAUGCGACAUCCAAUUGUUAUCUGCCAGUGUAGUUUGUAGUGCCCAUCGACACAGCGUAUAUAUGAAUUUUCUGUUGGGUUAUAGUCGUCAUAAUCCAACUGAUAAUUCUUAUACACGCUGUUUUGGUAUGGGGAUAGAUACAACGAGUCUCAAAUUAGACACCUGCAUGAACCAAUACGAUCUGCUACUCCAACCGAGUCUUCUUGCGCAACAUAUGAUCUUCCC